AUGGCAAACGAGCCAGUCAAUGUGAAAAUCGAUGUUUCGAACACGCUACCUCAUGCGAUGCUUGCGCCCUUUCGGCCACACCGUACAUCCAUCUCCGAUGUGCCAAACGAAGUGCUCGUGCUGAUAUUUCACGAGAUAUUCGACUCCACUGGUACACGGUCGAUACGAAAAGGAUGGCAGUUUCCAGAGUCAGUUGCGUCUGUCUGCUCGCAGUGGAGAGCAGUCAUGUUCUCGGUGUCCAUAUUCUGGACCGUCAUGCUCAUCACCGUCGACGAUAACCCCACACCACAGUCUGUCAUUCGCCGAUACCUCGCCUUGUCAAAGGAGCGGCCGCUGGACAUCACCAUUUGUCGACAUGAGAUGUGGUUCGACAGUCAUGAUCUCAUAAGAGCGCGCAUCUUUGAAGAUCCGGAAUAUCGUGCAAGGCUGGCCGAUCCUGUGGAGAAGUGGCGGAUGGCUGCUGUCAUGGACCUCCUGACUCCGCACCAGGAUCGUUGGGAAAGACUUUACAUUUACGUUAUGCACAGUACGUCGCUCCCGCAGCCAUACCUCGAUCUGAGUGGUGCCUUCCCGAGCCUGAAGUAUCUAUUCAUACACUGCGUACUUGACGAAGGUCCAGAUGAACGUUUCGCUCCGACGACCGGGAUCAUGGAUGUCCCUAUUCUCGAGCUGAUGGAGACUAACGGUCUCUUUCUACGCCAAAUGUCAGAUACCACAUUCCCCAAUCUCGACGAGCUCGCCAUUGAAGAGUACCCGCGAUACUACCCUCCUUGGAGAACGACCGACCUCGUUAGGUGCAUUCGCAAGAUGCCUGCACUCCUUAUACUGCGUUUGGAUAAUGUCAACCUUAGAAUCCUUGACGACGAGCUUCCCGAUGACGACUACGCACUCAAGCUUGAACUGAUGGACUUCAGACACAUGUCGGGCGAUGUACUGGAAAAUCUCAACGCUCUCUUGGACUGGCCUGUACUCGACGUUGUGGUGUACAACGACUGCUCGAUCCCAAGGCCCGCUGAGCUGUUCCGCGCCUCUCGAUAUGGUGCGAUCAAGUGCAUGCAGACUGAGCAGGAUGUUCUCAAUGUCCUGCGAGAUUGGGACGACGAGAAUUGCACGCGUCUUCACAUCACCAACAGUGUAUUCACGGAGAAUAUCAUCCACGCCCUGUCCGAGCCACAGCCCGAUGGCAGCUGGAUGUGCCCGUACUUAUACAGUCUCAGCAUUUCUGGCUUCUGCCGGGGUUUCUCGGACUGUGAACCGGCGCAAGUCGCGUUCAUUCGCAUGAUCAAGAUCCGCCAUGCGCUGGAGGCCAGUACCGGAUAUGUCAGUUCAUUUGCAGCUUCGUCUCUCUAUGGGGUCAGGGUGAACAUUCAAGGGAAUGUCCAAAAAGUCAGCACGGAGGCGCUGGAGUGGCUCGAUGCCAACGUUCACUCUGUGACAUGGGGUGAUUGGUCCGGAGGAAUUCGACUGAGAGCAGAAAAUGAGGGUGAGGAAUAA